GUAGGAAACACGGGCGUCGAUUGUCGAUCUGUGACCAAGUGUAGACUUGUGCAGUCGCAUCCUGUAUAUACACAUAGUGAUUGCAACCUUGGUUAAAGGUUUACAGCGAUGCUGCGGCUGAGACGGGACUCACUCUAAAAACGGAGGUCUCGCUCUAGCUGUUUUGUAGCCAGUACUGAUGAUCUAAGUAUGUCAAGGAAGUUAUACACAAUGUUCAGUCACAUAAGCCUCGCUUUGGUGGCUUUGGCGAGCGCAAGCAGCGCCCAUGCUGUGGAGCGCCUUGUGCGAAGCGGUGCGGAGCUCGCAGCGGCUUUCGCAGACCCUUCAGUGGAUACAGUCUCAGUUGGCGUCUCAAGUCUGAAAUUUAGCGACGAGGACUUUAGCGGUCUUGCUACUGAGCCUCCCGUUAUCCUUACGAGAAAUGUAACGGUGCAGAUCGGCCCCGGCGUGACGCUGACCCUGGCCCAGCUGGUGUUUGAGACGCCGCCCUCAGACAACAUGUUCCGGGCUCCGGGACUGCCCUUCCUGCGGCCCAGUAGUGCCGGCCCCGACACCGGCGCGCGGCUGCUGCUGAGGGACAGCGUGGUGUGGUCGGCUGUGUGCUUCCCCGCACUGGUGCGGACAGCGAAUGCAGGCGCCGUGCCGCGACCACCCGGCGAGCCUGGCAACCAGAGCUUCAUCGGCGAGGUGGCGCAGGACGGGUGCGUGCCCGCCACCAACUCCAGCGCCUAUGCGGCGGCGGCGCUGCUGUCGCGCUGCCACCCCGCGGGCCGCAUGGCGCUUGUAGACUACGCGCUGGCGGGCGCGGUGGUGGGCGUGUCGCAGAACGCCGUGCCCGCACACUACAGCGUGGUGCUGAAGAACAUCACGGGCCUGUGCCGCUCCGUGCUGAGCAUGUCCUGCAUCUCCACCUUCACCGCCAUCGGCUGCUUCCUGGCCGCCAUGAACAACUACACAGCACCCGCAGACGUGCUGACGUCGGCAAGCGAAGGCGGCGGCGGCGGCGGCAGCGUGUACGGCGCCACACCGGCGGACGGCGGCAGCGGCGGCGGCAGCGGCGACAGCGGUGAUGGGGCGGACACGGUAUUGCUGGCGGGGCUCUUGGGAGGCCUGGGUGGCGUCCUGGUCCUGCUGGCGGUCGUGGGCGGCGUGCUGUGGGUGCGGCGCCGGCGGCGCGAUGCCGCCUACCGGGCAGCAGCUCAGCGGCAGCACGGCACCAGCAAAGGCGAUGUCGUCGCUGCUGCCGACGGCCCCGACGCCGGCCACCAGCCGCCCUCCUAUCCUGGCCAGGGCAACAGCGACGGGACCGCCGUGGUGCGAAGCACGACAACGGCCAGCAGCAAGACGGCCAGCAGCGGCGGCAAGGGAAGCAUGUCCACCGCUGUGUGUGGCGGCGGCGCCGUGGCAGCCGCUGCACGCCCACUGUCCGAAGUCGUGGUGCUGGACGGCAGCGGCGUGGCGGGCGCGGGCGGCAAGGCGCCGCAGCAGGGUGACGGCGGCAAGGACGGCUGGCGGUCGGGCGUCACCGCCAAGACGCCCACUCGCAACAGGGGCUCCACCGGUCUGCUGACCAGCGAGGUGGGCUGCACGCGCACGCGCAGCGGCUCCUCUGCCGCCGGGCUGGUGGUUGGCGCCGACGCCGGCGGCGCCUCAGGCUCCAAGAGUCACGUUGCCACAGCCGCGGCCGCCACCGCCACCGCCGCUGGCUUCGGGUCCCUCUCCCAGCCGCACCCGGCGCAGGCGCAGGCGCAGGUGGCGCACCCUGUAGCAAAGCCGCAGGCACCACUGGACUAUGACAGUGUGGUGGCCUUGCACUCGCCCAUCAACAUCGACAUGGCGCUGGACGUGUUGGUGGUGGAGCGGGACACGGUAGCGGUGGCGUCGGCGGCGGCGGCAGAGGGCGGCAGCGGUGACGGUGCGGCCAGCCCCCGUGUGGCGGCGGCGGCGGGGGCAGCUGGCGUGGGGGCAGACGCCGGCAGCAAUGUCCUGACGCUGCUGCCGACGCUGCGCGGCAGAGGGGCGUUCGGGCGCGUGGUGGAGGGCGUGUAUCAGGGCCAGCGAGUGGCAGUGAAGCUGCUGACGCCGGCGGGGCUGUCGCAGGAGCUAAGCGACGACCUGCGCGCGUCCUUCCGCCAGGAGGUUGCGGUGCUGGGCAGGUGCCAGCACGACAACGUGGUGCGGCUGCUGGCCGCCAGCAUCAACCCCAAGCAGCUCUGCCUGGUGAUGGAGCUUUGCGAGUGCUCCCUGGAGAAACUGAUCUACAGCGGCACCCUCAUGCCGCUGCCCAAGGUGCUGCACAUCGCGGCCCAGGUGGCGGCGGGGCUGGUGUACCUGCACCCCACCAUCAUGCACCGAGACCUGGGAGGCGGCGGCGGAGUGAGGGCCAUGCGGGAGGGCUGCCCGCUGUGUAGCAGGUUUGCUAAGUCGUCCUGUGGCUUUUCCGUGCUCAUACCUUUGACCCUCCCGCUCACAAUCCCCAACAUCAAACUGCUCCGCCCCCAUGUAUGUGCCAACGAACCCCACUUCAUCACCAAACAGAAACCCGCCAACGUCCUCAUCAACGGAGCCGACACCGACACACCCAUCGCCAAGCUCACGGACUUCGGUCUCGCGCGCAUGCGGUCUGUCACCAUGCCCACCCUGAACCCGGAGGCCGGCACUCCCGCCUACAUGGCACCCGAGUGCUACGACGUCAACAACGACGUCAUCACCUCCAAAGCCGACGUGUUCUCCCUGGGUGCGCUGCUGUGGACCUGCCUGUCUGGCCGCGAGCCCUGGGCCGGACAGAACAUGGUGCAGGUGGCCGUCGCCAUCACCGUGCACCGCCAGCGCCUGCCGCUGUCCGCGCUGCCCGAGGAGCGCUGCCCGCCCAAGCUGCGCAGGCUGAUUGAGGCGUGCUGGGAGCACGACCCGCUGCGCCGGCCCGCGGCGGCCGAGGUGCACAAGGAGCUACUGGUGGUGCUGGAGCAGGUCACGUCGGGCUCCGCAAACGGCCCCGGGAAGCCCAUCCCGUGCGUCACUGGCGCACUCGUCAACUGCGACCAUAACACCGCCGGCGACACGUCCCUGCCGCCGCCUCGCGUGUUGGCAAACCUCCGUGACGAGCAGGAGCAGCCUCAAGAGCCGCAGCAGCAGCAGUCGCCAUAGGAGUGGGAGCCGCAAGUGCGCCACGCACUCGCUGUUCGAGAAGUUGCCUGAUGCGGCAUAGAGAGUAACGGUAAUGCCUGAGAUCUGAGCAGCUGGAGAUCCGGGGUGAAGGUGGCACAAGGCUGGGUAAGCGGCCCAAUGCAAAGCAUGCAGUAGUUCAGAACCGAGAGUGCUUGCCGUCGGCAGCACGUGUGUCACCGUCCAUUGAUGGACUGGAACGUAUGGUGCAAUUGCGUAAGGCAUGAGGCGCAUAAUUUCACAUUACUUGCCCAUGGCAGGGUGCCUCUACUUUUGUUUCUAUUUUAGCAUGCAGGAUGCAUCCACUUCGGACAUGUGCGGAUAUGGCGUUCAAUGUGAUGGAGCCGGCUGAGUGUCGAUUGUCGAAUGCAAUCGUGCAAAGCACCAUGCAUGCUGUGACUCAACUGGCUGUUUGCCGUAGGCUGUCCCUGCUGGCCGCAGGCCCCGCUGAGGAUUUGCUAGGCGGCGGCCAGCUGGCACCAGAGUGUGAUUGGGGCUAGUUGGGUUUUGGGUUUUGGGUUCCUCGAUGUUACCGAUUGUUCAAACGUUGUGUAUUUGGUUUUGCUCUUUUCAUCAUUGGCCCGCAUUGCGGUUGUUCCCGUGCCCACAGUGCGUGUGUCAACGCCGGAAGGCGAGGUGUGGAACGCGGCGGCUAUUUGAUACGCGACCUUUGUCAUCUUGCUAGGUGCGACAUUGUUUGCCGACAGGCGGCACGGAUAUAUGUUUGUCAAUGCAGGUCAAUGCGAUGGGACGCCAGUGCUGCAAGUCAUGCCGUGCCAUGCCAUCGUGUCGAGCAACGGGCAGGUCAAUGGCGGUGUGGCGCCAGUGGUCAGACACAUUCACACUGGAGCCAGCACACAAAUCCGGGAGUGUGGCGCAGUGCUGAGAUUGCAUAUUAAGAGCGAGAUGGAACCAACUGAUACGCGCAUCACGUGAGCUACCCAUGGGCGGUGUCGAUGAUGCGGGUGUGAUGCGCUCUGCGCUCCAGACGCGCUGGUCGGCUGGUGUGCUGCUGACAUCAUCAAGCUGGUCGUGUGCCAAGAGGGCCAGCGCCACCCGCACGCCGCGGGUUUCUGGAUGGGUUGCAUUCUUGUGUAGCGCAACCCUGCUGCUUAAGUGUGUUUCUUCAACACGGGGCGGCUUUGGUGUGUUUCUUUCUUCGACAGGGGGCGGCUGGCCAGGGCCUGGGCGAGUGAGGGGCACCUUGGGAAGUGGUAAGCC